AUGGAAUGCUUGCGAAACAGCUUUCAGAAUGGCGUCGUUAUCGGUGGGAGGUAUCAAACAAUUUCCCCACUCAACCAUGGGUCUUUCGGCAUGGUCUUCAUGGCCGAGGAUCUCCAGACCAACCAAAUCGUCGCCAUCAAGUGCAUGACUAAGAAGACUGCUGCUACCGAAGGUGUCGAGUUUACUGUUGACGAUCAGUCUGAAGAGCUCUUCUGCCACAGACGUCUCGGAGAGCAUCCCGGCAUUGUCAACUCUCUCGAUAACUUCGAGACCGAUGCCCAUGUCUACAUUGUGCUCGAGUUCUGCUCUCAGGGCGACUUGUACGAAGCAAUCCGCACUGGUUACGGACCCUUGGAGACCGAACAUGUGCGAAGUUUUAUGAUCGAACUCGUUGACGCCGUUUCCUACAUGCACUCGAAGGGCAUCUACCACCGAGACAUCAAGCCUGAGAAUAUCUUCCUAACCGAGACUGGAUCCAUGAAGCUCGGCGAUUUCGGUUUGGCAACUACCGACAAGUGGUCCUACGAGAUGACUGUGGGAAGUGAUCGUUACAUGGCUCCCGAGCAAUAUGACUCAGCUGGCGCGGGCUAUUCGCCGGCUCAGGCUGAUAUCUGGGCCAUUGGCAUCUGCCUGCUGAACAUCCUGUUUUCGCGAAACCCCUUCACUGCACCGACGGAGGCUGACCCCUUGUUCCUUGACUUCUCCCGGGACAAGCAAUCUCUUUUCGAUGUCUUCCCGACGAUGUCCCAGGAUACCUACGAGGUCAUUGUUCAUUGCAUGAACAUGGAUCCUGCCAAGCGAUCCCUCGUUGGGGCCAAGAACGCACUUCGCCGCGUCGUCAGCUUCACCACCGACGAUGAGGAUGAUGACGAGUUCUGCUGUGCUGAAGGACAACCGAUGGCUACCGCCAACCGCGAGCCUCUGCGAACUCCUUCUAUCCAGAGCCCCCAGAUCGAACAAGGUGCCUUCCCUUGGGCCAAGGCUCUGCAUACAGGUCCCGUUCGACAGCUUAGUGUCAUUCAUGAUACCGAAAGCUACACCGAGGACUUGUUCCCCAAGUCCGAAGACACUGCCGACUGGAUGUCCUCAGCUCACACACCUUCCAUCGCUUCAGUCAUGACCUCAAACUUUGGAGCUUCGUUGAACUCUUUCAAGUUGAGCAAGCCUCUCGAGAUCCCAUCAAGGAAGCCUAUGAAGAUGUCGCCAAUGGCUGGGUCUCUGCCCAUCACUAUGGCCCCCAAGCCCAAGGCCAACCUUGGUGCCAUGUCCAUGGUCUUUGGUCGCUCAACAGAACACGUCAGCAAGAGCUGGUCUGACAUGUGGGAGGAGGACGAGGAAGAAGACGAAGCUGAGCAUGCUCGACAGCUUCAGGCCCUGAAGGAACUCAACUCCAGGACGUGGAGCCAAGACAGCAAGGUGAAUGCUACACCCACUCCGCACAAUCAGGAAUCUGUGCCCCAGGCGCCAGCGCUUGAUGAGAAGUCUGUGGCUUCGCCCAUGCACGAUACGUUCAAUGAUGUCGAUGGAGACUUGGUCGCCGAUGGCUUCUUCUUCCAUGAAUCUGAGACUCUCAACGAACCCAAGCCAUCAUCUCAGCACCUCGCACCCGUCACACCGUCCAAGGUCGACAAGUGGGCCGUGCUCGGAGAACGGCGCCGAGCUUACACUGGGUCAUCUGAGUCGAAGUCGCCGAACUUCGCCAAAUCACCACAACAUGGACACGGACAUAAGAAUCAACAUGGUUUAGGGAAUGGCGUUUGGGAACACGCCAAUGUUAGCUAUCAGAAAUCUCCAAAUAAAGACCGCACCACAUCACGCGGCGACUGCCCAUGGAACAAGGGCAGAGACUGGACUCCGCGCAAAGAACAGCGUCAGGAUUUCAGCAUUUUUGGAUGGGUUGGCAACUGGCGCCAAGCGACUCAAGCUCAUUAG